AUGGCUGCUACUGCAACAGCUUCUCCCUCACGCCACCUCACAAUCCUCUCCUCCCUCCUCCUCCUCCUCCUCUCCACACUCCAACCUUCCCUCGCCACCACCAGAAAGCUCACCGCCUUGGUCCAGGAGCAGCCCCUCCUCCUCAAAUACCACAACGGCCCCCUCCUCAAGGGCAACACCACCGUCAAUCUCAUCUGGUACGGCGCCUUCUCCGCCUCCCAGCACGCCGUCGUCGUCGACUUCCUCCGCUCCCUCACCUCCUCCAAAUCGUCCUCCUCCUCCCCUUCCGUCGCCUCCUGGUGGCUCACCACCGCCAGGUACCGCGGCGGCCCCUGCAACCUCCUCGUCGGCCGCCAGCUCGUCGACGACAAGUGCUCCCUCGGGAAGCGCCUCUCCAACGCGCAGCUCGCGGCGCUCGCGUCGCGAGCGGGACACGGGAAAAAUCAAAUCAACGUGGUCCUCACCUCCGCUGACGUGGCGGUCGACGGGUUCUGCAGCCGCUGCGGGACCCACGGCUCGGGCAGCGCCAAGUCAGGCGGGAAAUUCGCGUACGCGUGGGUUGGGAACGCGGUGAGCCAGUGCCCCGGACAGUGCGCGUGGCCGUUCCACCAGCCGAUUUACGGGCCCCAGGGGCCUCCGCUCGUCGCGCCGAGCGGCGACGUCGGCGUGGACGGGAUGAUCAUCAACCUGGCGACGGUGCUGGCCGGGACGGUGACGAACCCGUUCAACAACGGCUACUUCCAGGGCCCGCCGGAGGCGCCGCUGGAGGCGGUGAGCGCGUGUACCGGGAUAUUCGGGAAGGGCGCGUACCCGGGGUAUCCUGGGGCGGUCCUGGUGGAGAAAGCGAGUGGGGCGAGCUACAAUGCGAUUGGUGUGGCCGGGCGCAAGUAUUUGCUACCCGCGAUGUGGGACCCCACUACUUCCACGUGUAAGACCUUGGUGUGA